AUGGAACCGAGUGAGAUCCAUAGUGAAACAACGGUGCGAACUUCAGUCCGACCUCCACGCAAUAAAACUGUAAACAUUUGCGAAGAUGACAUCUCGGUCGAAGCUCAGGAUGCCUCUGUAGAUGAAAAAGAAGACCUUAAAGAAUCCUGUUAUGAUUAUCAAGACGGCGAUGUCAAAAAAAAAUACACGUCGUAUAGUACCCAGAUUCUGGAAUGGAUGACGGAUGGAAAGCUUCUCGAUGGACCGCAGACCGAUGACCAGGGGAAUAGUCGUCCCGUUGGGCGACGAAAGCGUUCGUUGAACAAGCAGUCGGACCUCCAACACCGCCGGGAGCAACACCUGCGGCGUGCGGAAAAGCGUGAAUUCUCCAAGCGCAAGUUUGAUCUGGCCGAGGAGCUGUUUGAGCGAGCCCUGAAUGCUCGGCAAAAAGCGAUGCGCCGAAUCGCCGCGGACCCGCCGGCGGAUCGGCUAAUAGGCCAUAACAUGCUGCAAUACAUCCCGGCCGCCUUAAUUAAAGGCCAACUGAAGGAGAUGGUGGAGUACCUUCAGCGGACAUCCCCCCACGGCCUCCCGCCCUGCGAGCUCGAGAACCCCGCGAUGGCACUCACGCCCGCCUCGGCCCGGCUCUAUCGCACGGCUGCCAAUGCGUUGGUCUUCCUCACCGAGACGAACGACAUCGCGGGGGCUCGGGGGGGGUCGGAGCCCCCGAUCAGGGUCUCCUCGAGCCAUUCUAAAGAAGUCCCGACCGAGGAUGGGGUGGAGAAGGAAGCGGAUCGGCUGACUUCCUCGCUGGAGACCCCAUUUCCCUUGACCGCGGGCGCGCGAGCCCGGCCGCCGAAGGAUCGCCUCGCGCAUUGGCGUGAACUGGGCUACGACGCGAUUUAUCUUAUCCCGCCCUCGACGCCGCAAUCCCGACGACGCCGCGGCCUUCGCGGGGGGGAAUCCAUCCCCGCGGGCUCGCAAAACGUCCUUUGGCAAACGCAGCUCAUGCCUGUUGAAAUGACCUCGAAUGGGGAGACGAUCGGCAGGGGGAAAGCCCACCCCCUGCCGCCGAUAUCCCGCCUGCCCAGCAAUGAAGAGGCGUCCUCGCCGCUUGAAAAGCGCCACGAGAGGGAUCGCGUGGGGAACAAACCUAGCAGGUGGAAGGCCCUUGCGAGUCACCGUUGGAAGAUCAACAAGACGUUUCACAAAUAA